CCCUUUUUCUACAUCACUUUUCCCAUUCUUUACCCAACAUUGGUAAAACAACGCCGCUACAAAUUUCUCUACUCUUAGGGAAGAUUUCUUCUCUUCUUUAAAUGCAAAAGUUAUGUUGUCGUGAUUGAACAAGACAUUAUCUUCCAUUUUGCUUUUCUCACAAGAUGGAUCCAAAAGCAAAAAGCAUGAAAAAUAAAAAAAAUGGCCAAUGUUUGAGGAUUGGGAGGAAAUUUUUGGCAAGGAUAGAGCGAUGAGAGAGUUCGCAGAAGGGCCACUAGAUGCUGCCGAGGAUAUUCUAAGGAGUCAAGCUUCAGGAUUUUCUAAUGACAUCAGCUUAGGAUGGCCUAUUGAUGUUGAUGAAGAAGAAGAAGAAUAUGAUGCUGGUGAUGGACCUAAUAUAGCUACUGGAGAAGCUAAAAAUGAAAAUGCUUAUGCUGGACCUAGUUUUACUAGAGCAUCUGAAAAGGAAGAUGCUAGAGCAUCUGAACAUGAAUGUGCUGGAGCAUCUAAAAAUGAACAUGCAGAAUUCCAACAAAAUCAUAAACAAAGUGAGCAUGCUAAUAGGUCCUCUUCUAAUUUCAAUGAAAAAGAGAAAAGUAAGAAAAGAAAAAGGGUUGUGGAGGAUUCUAGUGAGACAUUUCUUAAGGGUAUGACAAAAGUUAUGAAAAACUUUAUUGAAAGUCAAGAUAAAAGAAUGGGUGCCUUGAUUGAUAAGAUUGGGGAUCGUGACCGAUCCGAUAUUCGUGGUGAAAUUUAUUCCAUCCUUGAGUCUCCGGCAUUUGAGUUGUACUCUAUACAAGAACGUAUCAAAGCUACAAUGAUUCUCUGUGAAGAUGUCAAAAAGAUGGAAUUAUUUUUACGUAUGGGUGAACUUGAGUGCCAAACAAUUAUGCUCAUGAUUAUCAAUGGUAAACUUUGAAGUAUGGUAAAGUUGCGUAUAUGUGGUGGUACUAGUUUGAUAGUUUUUGCUCGACUAACAACUUUAAAGUUAAACUGUAGUGCUAUUUUUGAUACCUCGGAUUAUGUCCAUACUCUUUUGUUUAUGACUGGUGGGCACGAGGAUGCUAUGUUUUUUGUGUAACUAAUAUCUAUCAAAUAGCUUAACUCUAGUUUAAAUGUUAAGCGCAUAUGUAAUUAUAUACUAUGACAAUUCUUCAAUUUCUCUUUUUAGCUUAACUA